AUGAUGCUGGUGGCUCUGCUGAUCACCCUCCGCUACCUGGGCUUCAAUACCCUCUUCCGGCAGGCCUAUGCUGUUCCUAUUCUGCCCCUGGGCCUGGCUCCAGACACCUUCGAUGAUGCCUAUGUGGGUUGCUUAGAGGAGAUGGAGGAGAAGGCAGCCCUCCUGCUAAAGGAGGAGAUGGCUCAUCACACCCUGCUGCGGGAAUCUUGGGAGGCAGCCCAGAAGGCCUGGGAACAUCGUCGUCAAGGGCUCACUCUGCCCCUUGGCUUCAAAGCCCAGCAUGGAAUAGCCAUUAUGGUCUACACCAACUCAUCUAAUACUUUGUACUGGGAGCUGAAUCAGGCCGUGCGGAUGGGCGGUGUCUCCCGCGAAUACUACAUGAGACACUUCCCCUUCAAAGCCCUGCAUUUCUACCUAACCAGAGCCCUGCAGCUUCUGCGGAGCCAUGGAGGCUGCAGUAGAGGAUCUGGGGAGGUGGUGUUUAGAGGCGUGGGCAGCCUUCGGUUUGAACCCAAGAGGUUGGGAGACUCUGUCCGCUUAGGCCAGUUUGCCUCCAGUUCCCUGGAUGAGGCAGUAGCCCGCAGGUUUGGUAAUGCCACCUUCUUCUCUCUAAGGACUUGUUUUGGGGCUCGUAUUCAGGCCCUGUCUGUCUUCCCUGAAGAACGUGAGGUGCUGAUUCCCCCCCAUGAAGUCUUCUUGGUCACUGGGUUCUCCCAGGAUGGACCCCGGAACCUAGUGACUCUCUGGAGCUAUAAUCGGACCUGCAGCCACUUUAACUGCGCAUUUUUGGGUGGGGAGAAGAGGCGGCGAUGUGUGCCUGGACCAGGAAUCCUGGGAACUGGUGACCUUCAUAUGAAGAAGGGGGCUUCAAAUAGCCUUGAGAAGCAAGACCAUGGUUCUGGACCCACCUCCAGCAGCCAUAUUCCAAAAGGGUGUGGGGAGACCUUAGGCCAUUGCAGGGUUGAGGGAAGCACACUAUCUGGUGGGGACUUCCUUGGACAAGCAAGGGAAAUACUAUGA